UGACGCCGCAUCUCUUUGUUGGUCCAGCGGCAGCUGCGCUCAUGUUGUUGUAGCUAGCUACUCUCUCUCUCCGGAAAUAUUUUUUUCUCUUUCGAAAUAUUUCGUCUCUUGUUUCGUUGCGGCCUGUACACAUCCUCGUAUCUAGCGUUUGGUGUCAUACCUUGUCACAAUAUCAAGUUAACCGAGUAAUGGACUCAGACGAAGGGUACAAUUAUGAAUUCGACGAGGAGGAAGAGGAAUGCAGCGAAGACAGCGCUGAGGAGGAUCCCGAAGACGACACCCUGGAAGUGGAGUUGGAUGAUCCUGUUGUGGCCGGUGGAGAGCGAGAUGAAUGUGGGGAGACCGGGGGCAGUGGCCUAGGGCCCGGUCAAGACGAGGAGGACUAUCGGUUCGAGGUUCUGACUGCUGAACAGAUCCUUCAGCAUAUGAUCGAGUGUAUCAGGGAGGUCAAUGAUGUCAUCCAGAACCCUGCAACGAUAACAAGAAUACUUCUUAGUCACUUCAAUUGGGACAAAGAGAAACUGAUGGAAAGAUAUUUUGAUGGGAACCUUGACAAAUUGUUCUCGGAAUGCCAUGUCAUCAACCCCAGUAAGAAGUCGAGGACACGGCUGAUGAACACGAGGUCCUCUGCUCAGGAUCUUCCCUGUCAGAUCUGCUACCUGAACUACCCAAACACGUACUUCACUGGCCUGGAGUGUGGACACAAGUUCUGCAUGCAGUGUUGGGGGGACUACUUGACUACCAAAAUCAUCGAGGAGGGGAUGGGACAGACAAUUUCCUGCCCUGCUCACAGCUGUGAUAUAUUGGUGGACGACAACACAGUCAUGAGACUGAUCACAGAGUCCAAGGUGAAGUUGAAGUACCAACACUUGAUUACCAAUAGUUUUGUAGAGUGCAAUCGACUGUUAAAAUGGUGCCCGGCGCCAGACUGCCAUCAUGUAGUCAAAGUCCAGUACCCAGAUGCUAAGCCUGUGAGAUGCACAUGUGGCCGGCAGUUCUGCUUCAAUUGUGGUGAGAACUGGCAUGAUCCCGUCAAGUGUAAGUGGUUGAGGAAAUGGAUCAAGAAGUGUGACGAUGACAGCGAGACGUCCAACUGGAUCGCAGCCAAUACAAGGGAGUGCCCCAAAUGCCACGUGACCAUUGAGAAGGACGGCGGCUGCAACCACAUGGUGUGUCGGAACCAGAGCUGCAAGGCAGAGUUCUGCUGGGUCUGCCUGGGGCCCUGGGAACCACACGGCUCUGCCUGGUACAACUGCAACCGCUACAAUGAGGAUGAUGCCAAGGCAGCGAGGGACGCCCAAGAGAGCCAGGCGUUCUCCCUCCUCCUCCUCCUCCUCCAGCGGUCCAGGGCAGCCCUGCAGAGGUACCUGUUCUACUGCAACCGUUACAUGAACCACAUGCAGUCGCUGCGCUUCGAGCACAAGCUGUACGCCGGGGUCAAGGCCAAGAUGGAGGAGAUGCAGCAUCACAACAUGUCCUGGAUCGAGGUGCAGUUCCUGAAGAAGGCCGUGGACGUGCUGUGUCAGUGUCGCUCCACACUCAUGUUCACCUACGUCUUCGCCUUCUACCUCAAGAAGAACAACCAGUCCAUCAUCUUUGAGAACAAUCAGGCUGACUUGGAGAAUGCUACGGAGGUUCUGUCUGGAUAUCUGGAGCGGGACAUCUCCCAGGACUCUCUGCAGGACAUCAAACAGAAAGUACAGGACAAGUACAGAUACUGUGAGAGUCGGCGGCGGGUGCUGCUGCAGCAUGUGCAUGAGGGCUAUGAGAAGGACCUCUGGGAAUACAUAGAAGAUUAAGGAUAGACUCUUUACUAAUAAAAACCUCGACAGACUAGAGCGCUGAUGCAAUGCCACGGGGCAGCACUGGUUUUCAGCUAUUGUUGCUGAUCUUCCCAAUAUUGCGUAUUUUUUUCUCUUGGGUUUUGUUUAAUGGAAAAGUUUAAAUAAAUUAUAUCAAAAAAAAAUAAAUGGUAGAAUAUUUCAAACAUUAAUCGUACAACAGUAUUGUUUGUAGCAGAUUGGAUUGUGAGGACAAAAAAAGAACUCCCUGCUUCUCAAUUGGUCACUAUUGUAACAUCACCCCCCCCCCCCCCCCCCCCCCACUCUGUUCAGUUUUCCAGUGAGAUGUAUUUUAUUUGUUUAAUUUUUAAGUACCCUUGUGUGGGACAUGGGUUUGUGUUCAACACAGUCCAUUUGUUCAAGCCAUGUUCAUUAAAUGUGGUUAGAUCACAUGUAGGGUUUUUGAAUGUUGAUUUGCUGAUUGUAAGGUGCUAAACCAUGUGGGUUGGCAGGAAAAACCAUCGGGAGUGCAGAAAAAGGAAACAUGUUUUUCAUUUUGUAAAUAACGCAUAUGCAUGGAACAGCAAGUGUGGACGUUUUAUUUUAUUUCUCUUUUUGUUGUGUUUUUGAAAAAUAUUUAUUCUUUUUUUUUUUUUCUUUUUUUUAAUAUUCAAUAUAGUUGCUGUGUGGAAGACGAGUUCCCUCCUGCUUUAAAAGAAAACGUCUUCUUUGUGAGGGUUUGGAAGCUGUGUAGCUUCACCCAGGAGAACAAGGAAAGAAACCGUUUGAACGAGCGAUAAAACUCUUGACAGGGUGGUAGUAGCUUUUUAAAAGCAAUUCUGACAAAACAAUCCACCUAAAAGACAGCAUUAGGUGAGAGAAUGAGACUAAAGAACAAAACAUAUUUUAAUUAACAGCAAGCCAGAUUGUAGUUCAGGUAAUACAUUGAUUUAUUAAUAGUUGGAAUUGACCUUGCAACCUUCAGAGGUUAUCAACUAAUUGUACCUGAGGGGGUUUUUGAGAAAUUAAUAGAGAAUGACUUGGAAAGGACUCCGCUGUGUCCUAAGUGGCUCCCUAUAUAGUGCACUAUGGACCCUGGUCAAAAGUAAUGCAUUAUAUAAGGAAUGGAGUGCCGUUUGGGAUGAAGGUCAUGUCCUGUUUGUUCUAACCCCCCUCAUUCCCUCUCCCUCGUGUUUUUGUUCUUCCAUCACCACCCCUCCUCCUGUUUCUCCUUAGAAGUUGUAAUUUACAGAUAACACACUACCAACUGUUUCAUGAGAGCCAAAUUGAGUGACAUUCACUCAUAAAAAAAAUAAAAAUAAACAAAUGUAUUUCUUUUUUCAGACUUGAGCUUUUCCUCAUGUUUUUUUUGUAUGCACCGUGGUCACCUGGGAGGCGGUAGGGCACCGUGGUCACCUGGGAGGCGGUAGGGCACCGUGGUCACCUGGGAGGCGGUAGGGCACCGUGGUCACCUGGGAGGCGGUAGGGCACCGUGGUCACCUGGGAGGCGGUAGGGCACCGUGGUCACCUGGGAGGCGUUAUGUAAUUCCCUGAAAGUGCUGUUUUAAACUUGAGUCAGUCAGCAUGACAACAUGACCUAGUCCUAGGCCCCUAAAGAAGUAGAAACUGACAGACCUGGCUGACAAGACGUACCCCAUAACCCCCCCCCCUUUUUUUAAAUCUGUGUUCUGUAAAGGAGUAUUGCUUUCAACAGCACCAUCCAGUUGAGCUAUACAAACUGCUUCGUGGGCUUUAAGGAACGAGUCUUGUCCGACAGCUGCAUUUAAAAAAAUAUAUAUAUAAGGACUGAGCAUAAAGAAGCGCUGAUGUUUUGAGAUGUCUGUUGUUGUAAAGCUUUGGCAUCUAGGCUAGACUAUGAGAGUGGCGUUUACACUGGUUGCUAGUCGGAAAUGACACCCUAUUCCCUAUAUAGUGCACUACUUUUGACCACAGACCAAUGGGGAGUAGAGCGCUAUAGGGGAUAGGUUGUCAUUUGGAAAGCAGCCUGAGUUGUACCAACAUGAUGCCAUUUACCUUCAUAACACUUUCCAGUUUUAUACGAGCUUACGAGGUCCAAAACAAGACCAACCCCUAGCCCAGGGAAGUGGCAGGACUAGUCACAGUGCUGUCCUCAGUCAGUGUUUGUUGGAAUACAUUUCUCAAUGCACUGUAGCCCUCGAGAAAGACAAGAGUCUGGCAUUGAUGUGGCUGACAAGACGGAAACAAAGAUUUCUCUUCACCCAAAGUGUGAAUCAUCUGAAAAUACUAUUUUUAUCUCUUGUUUCUGAUACUUUCUGUGAAAUGGGAAGUUCAGAUACAGUUGCUUUCAUGUAUUAUAACCAUUCUUACAAACAAAAUGUCCUAUUUAAAUAAAUGUCAUUCAAAA